CCAGCGUCUCCUUGGUCCAAUCCAGUUUCAGGCGAGAACACGCUCCUGGGCAAAGAAGCUUGAGAGAGGCCAGAACGACUUCUAGACAAGCUGCUGUGGAAAACCUCCUGCGCCCAGGUUCUUAGAGUCCUUGCUUGGCGCCUGCCUGCAUCCUCCUGAGGCUGCACUGUGCGAUGGCGGUCCCUGAGCUCCGGAGCCCGCAGUGCAGGACACUAUGCACGAAGCUGCUGCUGACCCUCUGGGUCUUCAGUUUUGUUGGUGAAGCCUGUAAAAAGGUGACACUUCAUGUACCUUCAACACUAGAGGCAGACAAAAUCAUCGGAAGAGUUAGUUUGAAAGAGUGUCUCAGCUCGGCUGAUGGCAUCAUGCCAAGCGAUCCUGAUUUCAGAGUUCUAGAUGACGGGUCAGUUUAUCCCACCAGAGCUAUUGUAUUGUCUGAUGAGAAAAGAUCAUUUACCAUUCAGCUUUCUGAUUCAAAGAUGCAGACACAAAAAGAGAUCACUGUAAUCCUGGAGCACAAGAAGAAGGUACUGAAGAAAAGACACACUAAGGAAACUGUCCUCAGGAGAGCUAAGAGAAGAUGGGCACCCAUUCCCUGCUCAAUGCAAGAAAAUUCCUUGGGUCCCUUCCCACUGUUUCUUCAACAGGUUCAAUCUGAUGCAGCUCAGAACUACACCAUCUUCUACUCAAUAAGUGGGCGUGGAGCUGACCAAGAACCAUUGAAUUGGUUUUACAUCGAGAAAGACACUGGGAAUCUAUAUUGUACUCGGCCUGUGGAUCGUGAGGAAUAUGAUGUUUUUGAUUUGAUCGCCUAUGCAUCCACUGCAGAUGGCUAUUCAGCAGAUUUACCUCUCCCACUGCCUAUCAGAGUAGAGGAUGAAAAUGACAAUCACCCUCUUUUUACAGAAACAAUUUAUUAUUUUGAAGUUCCAGAAAGCAGUAGACUUGGUACUGUAGUGGGGACGGUUUGUGCCACGGAUAAAGAUGAGCCUGACACUAUGCACACACGCCUCAAGUACAGCAUCUUGGAGCAGAGCCCACCGUCACCUGGGCUCUUUUCUGUGCAUCCCGACACCGGCGUCAUCACCACCGUGUCUCACUACAUGGACAGAGAGGUUGUAGACAAGUACAAACUGAUAAUGAAAGUCCAGGAUAUGAAUGGUCAAUUUUUUGGACUAAUCAGUACAUCAACUUGUAUCAUAACCGUGCAGGAUUCCAAUGACAAUGCACCCACAUUCAGACAAAAUGCUUAUGAAACUGCUGUGGAGGAAAAUACAUAUAAUGUUGAAGUCUUGCGCAUACCUGUAGAUGAUAAGGACUUGGUUAACAGUGCCAACUGGAAGGCAAAUUUCACCAUCUUAAAAGGAAAUGAAAAUGGGUGGUUCAAAAUCACAACUGACCCAGCGACAAACGAGGGUGUUCUGUGUGUUGUAAAGCCACUGGAUUAUGAAGAAAAUCGUCAAGUGACCCUAGAGAUUGGUGUGAACAACGAAGCUCCACUCAUUAGAGAUGUUGCAAACCGAAUUCCCAUGAACCGGGCUGUGGUUACAGUCCAUGUAAGGGAUCAGAAUGAGGGACCAGAAUGCAAGCCCCCUCAGCAAUAUGUGCGCAUCAAAGAGAACUCAGCAGUUGGGUCUAAGAUCAAUGGCUACAAGGCCUAUGACCCUGAAACCAAGAAUAGUAAUGGCUUAAGGUACAAAAAAUUGCAGGAUCCUAAAGACUGGGUCAGCAUUGAAGAAAUUUCGGGGAUGCUCACCAUAUCAAAAACCCUAGACAGAGAAAUCAUGGCUCCCAGAAAUGACUUAUAUAAUAUUACAGUCAUGGCAAUUGACCAAGAGGGUAAAUCAUGCACAGGAACACUUGCAGUGAACAUUGAGGAUGUGAAUGACAAUGCACCAGAGAUAAUUCAAGAUUAUAUUGUCAUCUGCAAGCCAAAGAUGGGGUAUACAGACAUUUCAGCUGUGGAUCCUGAUGAACCUAUCCAUGGCCCUCCCUUUCAGUUCAACUUGGCAAACUCUUCUCCAGAAGUCAACAGAAUCUGGGCCCUCAACCAAGUUAAUGACACAGCUGCUCGCCUGUCCUAUCAGAAAACUGCGGAUGUUCAAAUAUACAACAUCCCUGUUACUGUAAAAGACAGAGCUGGCCAAUCCUCAACCAAAAUCUUGAGAGUCAACUUGUGUGAUUGCACUCAUCCCAGCCAAUGCCUGGGCAGAUCGAGGAGUGCGGGAGUCACCCUGGGGAAGUGGGCCAUCCUUGCCAUCUUGCUGGGCAUUGCUCUGCUAUUUUCGGUACUGCUAACUUUAGUAUGUGGAGUUGUUACUACCCAAAAAGGAAAACAUUUUCCUGAAGAUUUAGCACAGCAAAACUUAAUUAUAUCAAAUACCGAAGCACCAGGGGACGACAGAGUGUGCUCUGCCAAUGGAUUCACCACCCACACUGCCAACAACUCCAGCCAAGGCUUCUGUGGCACAAUGGGGUCGGGAAUGAGGAAUGGUGGGCAGGAGACCAUUGAGAUGAUGAAAGGACACCAGACCUUGGAUUCCUGCCGUGUGGCUGGACAUCACCACACUCUGGAUUCCUGCAGGGGAGGACACAUGGAGACUGACAACUGCAGAUACACUUAUUCAGAGUGGCACAGUUUCACUCAGCCGCGACUCGGUGAAGACUCCAUUAGAGGACACACUGGUUAAAAUUAAACAUAAAAGAAAUUGCAUGUGUGUAAUCAGAACGAAGAACACAUCCCAUCCCAAGACUAUGUCCUCACCUAUAACUACGAAGGCAGGGGAUCUCCAGCCGGCUCUGUAGGUUGCUGCAGCGAAAAGCAGGAAGAGGAGGGACUCGAUUUUUUAAACAACUUGGAACCCAAAUUUCUUACAUUGGCAGAAACAUGCACAAAGAGAUAAUGGUACUGGGUUACAAUUAGAGAUGGCCUUAGCAGAUAUUCCAGAAGUUUGAAACAAGGAUCCUGUAAAACAGACUCACUACUUACACAAAAUGGUCUUGAUUUAUGCUGAUGUGACAUGUGAUAUUGACUGUAGUCUAGUGUGAAUUGACACAUAUUCAGAAGAAAGUAUUUGUGAAAUUCUGAUCUUUUUCUAUGUGCUGUGUGUAAGUCUCCUGCAAAGUGGGGUAGGAGCAGUGUGCUCCAGUUCCUAGUCUGUCACAGGGUAAUGACCCUUGCAGCAGCAUGCAGGGCAUGUAUCUCUACUAAGUGCUGCUAGGGUAUACCCACAUUGUGUGUCCAGGAGCUUAUGCACAUAUAAUGAACUUUCUCCAUUUUACAAUCUUCCUCUUACCAAUUUGUAUUGUUAAAGCAAUUUGUGGCUGACCACUUUUCAAAGAGCAAAGGGUUAAAAUAGAGGAUAGGAAGAGCUCAAGCAGUAGUACUGGAAUCAACUAAGGUCUGUAAAGGACGCACCCUGCUGUGAGGAUAUCUUCCUAACAAAUGACUGGUGUAAACUACUAGUCUGAAAACAGUUAAGUUGUACCAACAUCACAUCCUUCUAAGGAUGGUUUCAGAAACAAACAAAACAUUAAGGAAGAAUGUUUCAGAGAAGAAAAAAACUUAUGAUAGAUUACAUUUAAAACUUUUGGACCUGUCUCCUUCUAUUUUCAGGAUCUAAUACUUUAUUGGACUUCAGAAACAAAAUUUUGCAAGCUAGCCUAAUGUGUUUCAGGACAGUCUGAAACCAGUGUUUAUUUGUAACCAAAGUACAUAUCCGAGUGACAUUUCAAGUGCAAAGGAAACAAAGAGGAAAAUGGCAACGAUUGAAAAUAAGUCUCUGUAUGACUUAUCUUGUAACAAGAAACCAGGAUCUGUAAGGAGCCGACUCCCUUCUGCCAGGUUACUGUGGGCUAUGUGUCACCUAAAUGUGUCAGCUCUUGCCUGCUUGAGUAAUUUGUUUAAAUUUAGAAACACAAAUUGUAGUUUUAUUGGGGAAGAAAGAGACAUCCACAUAGAAGAGUAGAUUCGCUUUGAGGAUAUAUAAAGAUUUGUACAUCCUAAUAUUAGAAGCCAACUACGGGGUCUGGCCCUGUAUCCGAUACAUUGCUGGGGCCUACAGCUUCCUGGCCGGCAGUUUACAGAAAGGAUGUCAUUUUCUUGGGACCUAUUGUUGACAGCCGCUGAAAUUACUUUUCUUCUACUUUUUUCCUCUCCUCUUCUUUUUUUCUUUUCCUUUCUUUUAUUUUAUUUUGGGGGAUUGGGUUAUCUCUACGUACUGGUACUGGCUAGCCUCAAACUUAAAGUCCUCCUGUUCCAGUCUCUGGAUAUUAGAAUUAAGGCAGAUGCUGCCAUUCUUGUUAUUGAAGAAGAGUCUUGUCUUUUAAGUCAGGAGCCUUCACGGCACUGGAAGACAGCGGGGCAGGUGGAUGGGGGGAAUAAUGUUGUUACCUUCCUAGCUGUUGACUCAGAAUCUUAGCUUUGUUUCCAGAACCCACUCAGAUUUUAUGGGAAAGGAGCACUGGCAGCAUUCCAGAAACCCAGCCCACCUUUUCCUGUCUGCCAAAGCAGCUUGAAAGCCUUGCAACAGAUUCACUUAGCUGGCAAACCUUCUAGAAACUCAAUAAUCAUCCUUCAGUGUGACUUUAUUUUUAUUUUUAUCAGUUUGCUUUGUUAGUGGGGAUUUAUCACGACAGAAGAAACAGAAAUUUUGGAUCUAUGCAGGCAAGACACUUUUCAGACCUCUUCUUAUUUGGGCUAUGAAAUCAGGAGCGGGGCUACAAUGAGGGAUGUAACUCAACCUGGCAUAGACAAGGGAUUUGAGUAUGAGCCUGCAUAAAACAGACGUGGUGGCAACAUGUUUGUCACCCCAGCACUUGGGAGGAGGGAGGAACAGGAGGAUCGAGGGAGUUCAAGGUUCUCCACAGUUAUGUGAGAAGCUAGAGGCCAGUUUAGGUUACAUGUGGUGAAUCUUUGGAUGGGCCAUAACUGUUGCACUGGUCAAACCUCAUGUGUAUCCAAGAUUCUGAUUGAUUUUUAAAUUUUUCCUGUUUUUAUUUUACCGAGGGUUACUUUCAUGAUAGACAUUUGAAAUUGUCGAUUUUUUUUUAUUCACUGCAUCAUAUAACAUUACUCUCUUCUCGAAUGUAUAGUUGAAAAAUGUGCUAUUUUAGUGUGCAAGAAAAACAGCUCUCCGUUUGUAUCACUUUCCUUCCCUCCUCUGGGCUUUUAUGUAAAUGUACAGACCAUUGUUUUCUUACAUUUAUAAGGAAACAGUUAACUGUCUAAAGAGCAAUUGGAGUUUAUUUUUCAAUGUUAUAAACAACUUUAAUUUGGCAAUUAAAUUGCUUUGGCAACUUGUCAAAUAAAAAUAAACAAGCAUUGAAUGUGU